CUUGUCAACCUCAUUUGACGUUUUACUUGUGGGCGGUGAUAAUUUUAACUUUUUUUAAGAAAACUAAUAAUUUUAGGUAUAAUUUUGGUUUGUUAAACAUUUCUACGAUGUCGCACCAAACAGGAAUAAAAGCUAAUGACGAGCUUAAAAAGUUUUUCGGAAAAUGUAGGAACGGAAAAGUGCGGUUAAUGAAAGUUUCCAUAGAAAACGAACAAUUAUGUUUAUCGGGACACAAAGAUGGUCAUAGUAAUUGGGAGAAAGAUUAUGCCUUAAUUAUGCCAUUUAUUGCUGAGGAUUGUCCAUGUUAUGUACUAUUUAGGUUAGAUUCUAAAAAUGAUUUAGGUUAUGAGUGGUUAUUUAUUAGCUGGGUUCCCGAUAUGGCCAGCGUUCGGCAAAAAAUGUUGUAUGCCUCUACUAAAGCAACAUUAAAACAAGAAUUUGGUAACUCGCAGAUCAAAGAGGAGUUACAUGGAACAGUAUUAGGUGAAAUAACUUUAAAUGGUUAUCAAAAACAUAAAACAGCAUUAGCAGCUCCUGCACCUUUAUCAAUGAGGGAAGAGGAGUUGAAUGAAAUUAAGAAAACUGAAGUCAAUACUGAUUAUAGUGUUAAUAGUAAACAACAGACUUUGGGAGGGGUUGCUUUUCCUAUUACUAGUUCUGCUCAACAAGCUAUCAAGGAUAUGGCAAGGGGGUCCUAUGAUUACUUGCAAUUAAGGAUUGAAAUUGAAGAAGAGACUAUUCAUUUAGUGAAAGCUGAAAACAUAUCACUAGAUAAAUUGCCAUCUAAAGUUCCUAGUGAUACAGGCAGAUAUCACUUGUAUAAAUUUAAACAUACCCAUGAAGGGGAUUAUAUGGAAAAUAUAGUAUUUAUUUAUUCUAUGCCUGGAUACAAUUGCCCAAUUAAGGAAAGAAUGCUUUAUUCUAGUUGUAAAAACCCAUUAACAGAUUCUUUAGCCAAAUUGGGGAUUGAAAUUGUUAAAAAGUUGGAAAUUGAUACAGGCUCGGAAUUAACCGAAAAAUUUUUGUAUGACGAGCUCCAUCCUACAAACAGUUUACAUCGUCCUCAAUUUGCCAAACCAAGGGGCCCCCCAAACAGGGGCCCAAAGCGUAUGACACGGCCAAAAGCAGAAAAUGGACAAUAAUAAUUAAAAACUAUUUAUUUUUAGGGGGUAUAUCGUGAAUUUUACAUUUCAGAAUGCUUUAAGAUGUUUCUUUUAUUGCGGUUAUUUAUUAUAAAUUUUGGUAGAUUUAGGUGUUAACGCUCAAUUGUGACCACUUUCUUGCUAUAUUUUUAUACUAUUAUUAUAUUUUAAAAAUUAAUAUAAAUUUAC